AUGUUAACUCACAAGCACAGCAGCAACAAGGUGAUCAAACAACGGACGGUAAUGAAGGACGUACGUAUUUGCAGAGAACAAAAAGGACAAGGUACCAUGGGCCAGACACGUAGCUCGGUUCAUCGAUGGGAGAUGGUCGGCGAUGAUCGCUCAUUGAUAAAUUCGAAAGGCUCGAUCGUCGCCCGGGUUACCCAGGCCGCGCAGGCUGUCGGAGGACGGAGAAAAAUCGGGAUCAGAACCUGCUCAUUGCCCCCUGCCACCCGAGGCGUAGCAGCACAAGAACUGCUGAUGAAGACCGACGGAACGACGACGAAGAUACCAGUCAGCAACGGAGUCGCUACCCGCGUUCCGAACGGAGGAGGCAGACAGCGCGAGGCCAUUACAGCACGACAGAAAAGGCUCACGGAAACGACACCACCAGUGGCAGCUUAA